AGCCUGUAUGAGAUAUAAGAUGAUGGGCUGUCCACCCACAGACAUUUGACUUUCAGAUAGAGACGAGCUUGUUAGUUGGAUGUUCAGACUCAGCCUUGGAAGGGGGUUGAGGUACAGAUAGGAGUGGGCAUGUUCUUGAACACAACUUCCCCCCGGAGGUCAUUCAACAUCCCUAUUAACAUCAACUUGCAGGGCGCUCGCAGGCGGCAGACACGAGAGCUCCUCCAUGCAGCCAGAGUUCAGGAGCAGGACUGCAGCAGGGGGGUGGAUGGGUGUGGGGGUCAGCGGGCUCGGACUCAGGUUCCUGUUUCGAGUGUUGGCGAGGACCGAGCCAUGCUGCUGGGCUUCACCAUGAUGGCCUUCUCUGUGCUCAUGUUCUUUGUGGUUGGCAUCACCGUGGUCAAACCCUACAUUAACAGUAAGUGGGAGGAGGCCAGCUGUGCUGUGCUGCACUCUGAAAUCCUGGAGGAGUGGGUGGACUGCAGAGGUGUGAGCUCUGUGCCCUGUCUCAGGGUGAAGGUUAACAUCACUGGCUCCAAUCAGACAUUUGCGCUACACUUUGACGAGGAGUCUGUCCUCCUGGCUCCUGAGUGUUUCUACAUACCUAAAUGUCUGAUGGACAGAACGGAGCAUCAGAAGGAAGUGGAGAAAGUUAAAAACAGUCUCGACACUCAGCUUGGAAUCACGUCUUCAUGCCUAACUGACCCCACAAGGCACCCCAGGGACGCCAUCUUGAAGAGGAAGUACACUUAUAAGAAGACUUUGUUCGCGCUGCUUUGGCCGUGUCUGAUGCUGGGGGGCGGGGCUCUACUGGUGGGCCUGGUGAAGCUGACACAGUACUUAGCACGUUCCUCUGGGAUAUGCAGUGAGGCUGCAGAAGGCAGGCUGACUUCCAGACACACUCAGGGACAAGUGUACAGACUGCUCCGCAAGUCCAGCAUGAUGUCUCCUUCAUGACUUAUCCCGUGUUUACACUGCAAAAUGACCAACAACUCUAUGUGACUAUUUCACAGGCACAUAAUAUGAAUUAGCUCCAAUAUUUAUAACGCUGCUCAGAAUGAAAAUGUUUUCCCAGGUGUGGCGAAAAUCUUAUCAUCUUAACUAAAAAGAUCCUUUCAGAAGCCUGUUGUUGUAGAGUUGUAGCUUUUAAAGCUUCUGUGAUUAGUUUUUAUCAAAGUUCUGAAACAGACUGAAAUGAAUAUCAGUGCCUCUUUAUAGGCUACAAAAGCACCAUCAGCAUAGUGAUUGAUUCAUUCUUGAUUUUUGUUUUUAGUGCUGAAACUUCCUGUCACAGUAUAGGUGACAGACGAAUGAUUCACAGCAGAAACAGACUCUUUUUUGUCAAAUAUAUUUUUCCGGGAAGGCUUUGAAGUGAGUGUUACAUUUGACUGUUAAAACAAAGCAGGGUGCGAUUUUUUGAUUAUCUAUUAACAGGACCAAAUCGGUUGAAGAACAAAGGUACCAAUUCGUCCAAAGGGCGGCGCCAAAAUCAACACAAAACCAAAAGUUCUUCACUAGAGCUUUAAAUGAUUUAGCUCAGUCUACUGUCAGUGAAGAGCAAACGAACAAAGGUAACCGCACACACCUUUAACAUGAGUCUGCAUUGAUACAAUAAAACAUUGAAUGUCAUUGUUAGUCUUUCAAACAUAGCCAGCAAGACUACGCAAGCUCGAUUGCAUCCUGUUUUUCAAUCCCAGUGUCUUAGAUGUGCAUGAUUUUUCAAAGGCAAAUGUUGACUAGGAAGUCACUGAAUGCUAGAGUUAGCUGUGGUCCAGCAGAAUGUGUUGUGUUAACAAAUAUGUCAGGUUCCUUUAGUCUACACCAGGAAGGACGAGCAUUACCCUUUAAUAACAGAUAUUUAGCUUUGUAUCCUGUUUCUAACAUCAGAGGGGAGAGGCUUUGAUGUGAAUGUACUGAGUUAGUAGUAGUCUUCCAUUUACCACAUUUUUAAGUCUUUUGUGCAGUUCUCUAUAGAAUACACCAAAAACAAAUAAGGGUUAUCUAUAUUUCUGAUACCAGCCUUGUUCCAUAUCGACCGACCGAUACGUAUACAAUACCAAUAUAAAUAUUGGGGAGAAAAAAAAAAAUCAGAUGCCGAUAACUUUCUUAGAUCUAUGUUCGAUCUGUAGAGAUACAGAUAUACACAUUUAUUGCGUUGGUCCCUCAAAUGCAGUUAUCAAACACUUGAGGAAUAUACAGUAUAAUGUAAAAGACGAGAUGGUCAUUCAACUGGAAAGUAACUGUGCAACUGGAGGGUGAUAAUGCUUGUUGCAAUGUAAAGAGAACUACUAGUUUAAUACAAUGAACCUCAAACGCUAUUUCACUGGUAAAUAAAUCAACAGCACAUAUGUAUCUGUGAUAAAGGUAGCCGAUACAAAAAG